AUGCCCCGAGUGCUCGCAGGGCUUCCACUAAUCAUGCCACAGCCGCCCGCAGCUGCCUUGGUGCUGCCCCUGCUGCUGCUACUGAUGGUAGUGCAGACGCCGCCCCUGGCUGGCGCGCGGGCGUCCUCGGGUCCUGAUUACCUGCGACGCGGCUGGCUGCGGCUGCUGGCGGAGGGCGAGGGCUGCGCUCCCUGCCGGCCAGAAGAGUGUGCCGCGCCGCGGGGCUGCCUGGCCGGCCGGGUGCGCGAUGCGUGCGGCUGCUGUUGGGAAUGCGCCAACCUCGAGGGCCAGCUCUGCGACCUGGACCCCAGCGCCCACUUCUACGGGCGCUGCGGCGAGCAGCUUGAGUGCCGGUUGGACGCAGGCGGCGACCUGAGCCGCGGAGAGGUGCCGGAGCCUCUGUGCGCCUGCCGCUCGCAGCGCCCGCUCUGCGGUUCAGACGGCCGCACCUACGCGCAGAUCUGCCGCCUGCAGGAGGCGGCCCGCGCUCGACCGGACGCCAACCUCACCGUGGCGCACCCAGGGCCCUGCGAAUCGGAGCCCCAGAUAGUGUUGCACCCAUAUGACAUUUGGAAUGUGACGGGGCAGGAUGUGAUCUUUGGCUGUGAGGUGUUUGCCUAUCCCAUGGCCUCCAUCGAGUGGAGAAAGGAUGGCUUGGACAUUCAGCUGCCGGGGGAUGACCCCCACAUCUCUGUGCAGUUUAGGGGUGGACCCCAGAGAUUUGAGGUGACGGGCUGGCUGCAGAUUCAGGCUGUGCGUCCCAGCGAUGAGGGCACCUACCGCUGCCUGGCCCACAAUGCCCUAGGCCAGGUGGAGGCCUCAGCUAGCCUGACAGUGCUCACACCAGAACAGCUGAACUCCACAGGCAUCCCCCAGCUGUCAUCCCUGUACCUGGUUCCUGAGGAGGCGGCUGAGAGUGAAGAGGGCGAAGAUUACUACUAGGUCCGGAACCCUGGCCCAUGGGGGUGGGUGACUGGGGAUAGUUUUCAUCCCUGCUCUUGAAAAAAAACUGGAAUAGGGGAGCAGAGCCCCUUCACUGAUUACUUUAAUGCCCUGAAGUAGGGAAGAUGUGGCAGUGGGUGGGAGGGACCAAAGUUGGAGGAGGGUAAUGAGAGAAGCUGAGACUAGGGGAGGUGGGAUGCAGAGGAGCCCAUGCAGGAGAUGCUCUGGCCAGGACAGUCUCCUGAGUAGAUCAGCCAGGAGGAAGGCAACAGCUGCCUGCUGGUCUUUAGCCAGGUGGGGGUUGGGGGGAGCAGAGCAGACACAAAGGGGUGCAGACACCAGGAUCCUCCACUUCUUUCUGGCAGCAUUUGCUCCAGCCCUGCUCAGCCAGUCUUUAAAGUGCUCUUCUUCACAGAUCCUGCUGUUAUUUUCCUAGUUGCCAAUCUUUGUCUAACCUCAACUUACCCUUCCUCAAACUCACCUUCUUGAGAUUUUCUCUUUCCUAAGUCCAAAUUGUACUUACUAAGGUCCUCUUUACUGUUUGCCAUCUGCUGUCCAGGAGAGCACGAUGGAGCAUGAUUUAGUUCAGUGCAGUAAGAUGGACAUUUGGUCAUGCCUAAUUUCUCCUGUCCUUUUGGAAACUCCAUGAGGGCAGCGCCAUAUCUUAUACCACUCUGUAUUGGACAAUGCCUAGCACAGGACUAGGCACAGUAGGCACACAAUAAAGAUUUAUGAACAAGCUGA